UCCGCACCAAGCCCCGCCCACACGCCUCCCUAAUUAGCCGCAAGCCCCGCCCCUCGCGUUCCCGCCGGCCCAAGAUGGCGGCGCGGGGGGCGCUGCGGUAGCUCCGGUGUCCGCGGUGUCCGGUGGCGCCGCGAUGGGCCCCGCGCUCUGCGCCGCGCUGGGGCUCCUGCUCUGCGGCGUCAGGCCGGCGGCGGCGAUGGCGGCGAGUGAGGAGCGGCGCUCGGCGAGCCCGGUGGCGGCCCCGGCGUGCUGGCGGGUCGAGGACUUCGUGGUGGCGCAGGAGUGCUCCCGCUGCUCCAGCUUCCAGCUGAAGACAGUGGCCGAGUGCAGCCCCACGGGCUUCGUGGAGCAGAUCAGCUGCACCGCGUCCAAGAGGGACGAGUUCAAGAGCUGCCGCUCCGCCGUCAUGGAAGCCCACGUGUUCUGGAGGUUCGUGGGCACCAUGAUGGGUGUCGCUGCCGUGUUUGCCGUGCUCGUGGUGUGUCGCCAGCGUGUCCUGGACAGGAAAGCUCUGGAGAAGGUGCGGAAGCAAAUCGAGUCCAUUUGACUGCGUUGGAGCCAAGGACUUUGCUCCCGGAUGGAAUGAGAACCACGGGAUCCUGCCGGAGCUGCCCGCUGCGGUAUCCCAUGGGAUUGGCUGAGGGGUGCCCGGAGCGUGCAAUAAACCCUGGUCCUGGGGCACCCACA